UAUUCGUCCUGUUACCGGUCAGUGUGUGUGUUAACAGCUGACAACUGCAUGACUAGGGCCCGCCCUGCAACUUGUGGGGGGAACACCUGUAUGAGGAGUGGAAUUUACGUGUGCGCCGUGUGGCUGUUUUACGGUAAAGCUAGCUGAUCCCGCCCUCUCUUUGAUAGAAAAACUCGGUGAUGUCGCUUCGUCUUUAACGAGCUUGACCCAGAAGCCAGGGAAGGAGGGGGAAAAAAGAGGGGUGAAAACACACUAAAAACGGAAUAGUCCGGGACAGGCUUUCCACGAACAGUCCAUUCCUCCCUGUUGAUCCCCCUGUUUCUGGGCUCGGUGGUUCGGUGACCUUCUACCCAUGAGCAACUAGAGCUCAACCUCUGACCUUGGCGUGAUCUCUCACCUCUUCUAACAAACCACGCCCGCAGGUGAAGUGUGUAUGGAGCAGUGUGAGAGCGCAGCAGCUCUGCUGGAGUCGGUCAGGGAGCAAGAGGUGCAGUUUGAACAGCUGACCCGGGCGCUGGAGGAUGAGAGGAGGAGAGUGGGCCUUCCCGCCACCAGCCCCUCGGCGCUGGGUCGCCCCCUCCCUCACACACAGAACGGGCGUUUAGGGGAUGCAGACAUAGAACGACUGAAACUAAUUGACUCAUAUAUUAACGGCUCACAGUACAGGAUGGUGGACCCUGCACACGGCGCUCUAGAUGAGAGCUACACACCGGAGGACGAAUCCCAGGAAGUACAUUCAGUCUUUUCUGAAGAAGGAACCACACGACGGUCAGACAAUGGGAUGAAGAAGCCAAUCUCACGCACAGUCCUACCUUCUGACUCAAUGUCAAUUGAUGGGGGCUUAUCGGUGUCGGGUAUGGGUGGCUACAGUGCCACACUGGACCGUCCUUACAGGCAGGUCGGAGGCGGAGACUACCCCACCGCCACAGUACCCAGAAACUACCACUACGGUCCUGUAAUGGCUUAUAAUGACUACCGGGGAGAUGCACCGUCUGAGGCGUACACAAGCCUGAGCAGGGGCUCACACAUGGACGACCGCUACAGGCCGGUUGAUGGCUACAGGACUUUGGAUUCUGGCUACCGAGCACCAAGCCGUCAGCAGCUUGACCCCUAUGCAGCACAGCCCCAGGUGGGCCGUGGAAUGAGGGCCAUGGGCUCCGCGAUGGAGAUGCGAUAUGGCCACGGCCACUAUGGGCUUGAGGAUGACCAGAGGAGUGUGGGAUAUGAUGACUACGGCAUGGGGCCUCCACCCAUGCACCCUGGAGGUUACGGCACUAUGCCACGCCUGGGGCCUGGACCCGGUGGCACUAUAGACAGACGAAGACUCAGAAGCUGUGAGGAUACUUUGGACGGUGAUAUGGGAGGAGGUGAUCCGUAUGCCUGGGGUGUUCCCAUGACGAUGGAGAGAGGAAGUAUGGCUUCAUUGGACAGCACGCUCAGGAAGGGUCCUCCUUCUUCAUGGAGACAACCAGAGCUGCCAGAAGUGAUCGCCAUGUUGAACUACCGUCUGGACCCUGUCAAAACCAACGCUGCUGCUUUCCUCCAGCAUCUUACAUUCAAAAAUGAUAAGGUUAAGUCAGAGGUGCGUCGCCUGAAGGGAAUCCCAGCCUUGGUGUCACUGCUCGACCACCCCAGCAAGGAUGUGCACCACUCGGCCUGCGGAGCACUUAAGAACAUUUCAUACGGACGAGACCAAGACAACAAGAUCGCCAUCAAGAACUGUGAUGGAGUGCCAGCUCUGGUCCGGUUACUGAGGAAAACCCGUGACCAGGACCUCACAGACACCAUCACAGGCACCUUAUGGAACCUCUCAUCCCAUGACUCGGUAAAGAUGGAGAUUGUGGACCAUGCCCUGCACGCCCUAGCUGAUGAGGUGGUAGUACCCCACUCAGGCUGGGAGCGAGCGAGCAAUGGAGGAGAGGAGAGCUGCAAACCCCGCCAUCUGGAAUGGGAGACCGCCUUGACCAACACUGCUGGCUGCCUUAGGAAUGUGAGUUCAGAACGCAGCGAGGCCAGGCGAAAGCUGAGGGAGUGCACAGGAUUGGUGGAUUCGCUCAUGUAUGUCGUACAAUCACAGAUCAACCGCAAAGAUGUGGAUAAUAAGUUGGUGGAGAACUGCGUUUGCCUCUUGAGGAAUUUAUCCUAUCAGGUUCACCGUGAGGUCCCCAGCUGUGAGCGCUACGCAGAGUCUGCACCCCUCAACCAGGGACCUGCGCCUGCUGCUAACAAAGGUGGCUGCUUUGGCUCUCGGAAGGGCAAAGAUGAGUGGUUUUCCAAAGGAAAGAAGGACGGAGAUGACGGAAGUGGAGACCAAGUUGACAUUCCAAAGAGGACAACACCUGCCAAAGGUUACGAGCUGUUGUUCCAGCCGGAGGUGGUUCGUGUUUACACAUCGCUGCUCAGAGAGAGCAAGAACCCGUCAGUGCUGGAGGCUGCUGCCGGUGCCAUCCAGAACCUGUGUGCAGGCCGAUGGACUUAUGGUCGGUAUAUUCGGGCCACAGUGCGUCUUGAGAAAGGUCUUCCCAUGAUGGCAGAACUACUGGCUCACGGCAAUGACCGCGUGGUUCGGGCAAUGUCUGGAGCCUUGAGGAACCUGGCCAUCGACAACCGUAACUGUGAACUGCUCGGUUUGCAUGCAGUGCCUCACCUUGUGGCCAACCUCCCUGGAGGCCAGAGCCAGUCUGGACGCACUCUAUCAGAAGAGACGGUGGUGUCUGUACUGAGCACACUCGCCGAGGUGCUAGGCAACAGUCUGGAGGCAGCAAAGACCCUUCGAGCCUCGCAGGGCAUAGAGAGGCUGGUGCUCAUUAAUAAAGACGGUAAGCGCGCCGAUCGCGAGGUGCGGGGGGCCGGCCAGGUGCUGCAGCUUGUCUGGGCCCACAAGGAACUACGUCGACCUCUGGAAAAAGACGGCUGGAAGAAGACAGACUUCAUGGUCAACCUCAACCCCAGUACCGGCACCACCAACGGCCCAAGUACCAGAGCCAACGGCACCUAUGAAGACAGCACCAUGCCACUGCUGGACAGAGGAGAAAACAGGGACAUGAUUCCACUAAAUGACCUUGGCCCUGAAGCCUACUCUACACUGGACCAGAGGGAGAGGAGACACACUCUGGAUGAGACCACAGACACUUUACCGCGAGGGGUUUAUGGGGGCAGAAAGGGCUCCCUGCCCCUGUUGGACUCCUACGAUGGUUAGCCCUCCCCCUCCCCUCUACCCCCCUCUGCAUGUAACAGCAUGAAAACUGAUAGUGUGCAUCACCCAGACUGGGCCGUCCCUGCCCUACCACUGCUACUGAGGAGAGAAGAUCCAGAUGCACAGACUCUCUCCCUCCUCCUCCUCCUCCUCCUCCUCUCCCUACUCUCCCUCCCCCCUCUCUUUCUCUCUCUACCACCAGACAGAUGGGACCAGGUGAUGAUGAGGGUUCGGCAUCCAAAGAAAAGUGGUUGUGUUGCGGGCGAAGAUAACACACACAUACAUACACACACACACACACACACACACACACACAUACACACACGUGCAGAUACAUACAAACCUACUUUUUACAAAUUCAUUGUAGCAACAGAAGUAUAUUCCGUUUUUAAAUUAUAAUUAUUCUGUAAAGGCAAUCACUUUUGUUGACAAUCAUUUAAUUCUGGUGUUGUCAUCCUGCUUGUUUUUCUUUUUUUUUUCCCUUUCCCUGCUAUUGUCAACAUUUUGGUAAAUUUUGUCAUGAUCGACAUGUUGCUGCCAACACCUGCAUCCUAAUGUUGAAUUUGUACGUAGACUUCUAUGUAGGGUAUAUACUGUAUAUAUAAAAAGAGAAUGGGAUGACUGCAUUAGUUUUGGCUCAUUAAUUUAACUCGUCCCUGUACUGGGAUUGUUGGGAGGUUGGGACGUGCCGGCACACCGGUGGGACGCGGCCGCCCCGUAGAUUGAGAAUGUUGUUUAUAUAGGAUUUAUUUUCCUGUGUAGAAUUAUUUUCUCUCGGUUGGGAUGGGCACAGAAGUAGAUGAGAAAGGGCAGGUGUGUGUAUAUUUGUCAUACAAUAAACCUGUGUGUGUGUGUGUGUGUGUGUGUGUGUAUGCAUUUUUGAAAUGAAUACGGACCUUUUUUGAAUGAGAGAGAGAGAGAGUGUGUGUGUGUGUGUGUGUGUGUGUGUGUGUGCACGGACCAGACCCAGAAGACCACACGUUGUUCAUUUCAUCCAUUCAUAUUGUCUGUUUUUAUCUUGUGCUCCUUUGACAGAAGAUGUUUUUGUUAGUUUCUUUUUGUACCAGCUGCCUCUUUUUGUGUUUUAAACUUUAAUCUCUCUCUCUCCACGUGGAAUAAAAAUGACAGUUUGCGCUGCUGUUUUUAACCUUGUUGUCUGGCUUCAGCUGACCAAACCAGUGCAACAUGUCAUAUUUGGCAGUGGGAGGUGAAACUGGGAACAUACACUACUAAAAAAAACCACUAAUUCAGUCUGACAAACAGCUUCUGAAACUGAAUAAACCCCUGUCUCUAAUGUUAAAGAUUCACACUAGACACUAUCUACUCGACAAACACGUCAAGAAGACUGUCAGAUAAUUUAUCUCCUUUUUCAAUUUCCAUUUAUCGAAGAGAAAAAUCACUACUUGUUGUUUUUACGAUGUAGCCACUCAUAUGUGCACAUUGACAUUUGUGCUAGCUGUUUUUACCAAAAAAAGACAAAAUUGGGAGGCUUCUUCACUCAGAGGAAACUCGAGUUUGGACUGACAGAUUGGGAGAGAUGCGUUUUAAUUUUGGAGUUGGACAGAAAGCACAUUUUGGUCAAUGAUCCUUUUUUCACUUUGUGUCUGGUUUAGUUUUUAUUUUAUUUCGGGGUUUGUAUGUGUGGGAGUGGUGGGUGAGAGCAUUAUGCAAUUUGUUCUAAAUUUUAGUCCCUGUUUUACCACCAUAUUGUUUUUAUGGCAAAAGAGACCAAUCAUCUUUGUGUCAUUUUUUCUUUUGUUUUUUUUUACUCUCCACACACAUACUAUAUUUGUAAUGUUGUCUAUCCAUGUAAAAUUAUGAUGUACCAUUCAUACCUGCCUUGGCUCUGAGAAGUUGCUUUUUUCAGUAAAGUAUGUAACUGGUAAAACUGUUUUUAUAAAUAAAGAUCUUUUCUUAGACAA